UAUUUUAUUUUAUGUCAUUCGUGUCAGGUUUUCGCGCCCGGUUGCGGCGAAAGGUUUUGUAUCGUUUUGUUCGAGAUAAUUUUAUGGAAAUCGUAUAUAUGCGAAGCAGUCAUCUAUAAAAACUAACAAUAUGUCACAAACAGAAGAAGCCAUGGAUGUGGCAGAUGUUGGAGAUAAUUCAAAUGGAUCGUCCAGCGAUACGUCUUCUAAGGGUAAAGAAGGCGACUUUGAAAGCAAAAUUGAAACAGACCGCUCAAAGAGAUUCGAAUUUUUAUUGAAGCAGACCGAAAUUUUUUCACAUUUCAUGACUAAUGCGCCCAAAUCAAAUAGCCCUCCAAAAAGCAAGGCUGGAAGGCCUAAAAAGAUCAAAGAUGAACCGAAGGAAGACCCUUCAGCAGGAGACCAUCGCCAUCGUAAGACAGAACAGGAAGAAGAUGAGGAGCUCCUGGCAGAAACAAAUACAAAGCAAAAAACAAUAUUUCGCUUUGAAAGUUCCCCUCCUUAUAUUAAAAAUGGGGAAAUGAGAGAUUACCAAGUGAGAGGUCUCAACUGGAUGAUAUCUCUCUAUGAGAAUGGGAUAAAUGGCAUUUUGGCUGAUGAGAUGGGUCUUGGGAAAACUCUUCAAACAAUAUCUCUGCUUGGUUACAUGAAAAAUUUCAAGAAUAUACCAGGACCACAUAUUGUGAUUGUGCCAAAAUCUACCCUUACUAACUGGAUGAAUGAAUUCAAGAAGUGGUGCCCAUCAUUAAGGGCAGUAUGUCUUAUUGGUGAUCAAGAAACAAGGAACACUUUUAUACGUGAAACAUUGAUGCCCGGCAACUGGGAUGUUUGUAUUACAUCAUACGAGAUGAUCAUCAGAGAAAGAUCAGUAUUCAAGAAGUUUACCUGGCGUUACAUGGUCAUUGAUGAAGCUCACCGCAUCAAAAAUGAGAAGUCUAAGCUCUCUGAACUACUCCGUGAAUUCAAAAGCAUGAACCGACUGUUACUGACUGGUACCCCUCUGCAGAACAACCUUCAUGAACUGUGGGCACUUCUAAAUUUUCUGCUUCCAGAUGUCUUUAACAGUUCUGAUGACUUCGAUUCCUGGUUUAACACCAAUGCGGCUUUGGGAGACAACCAGCUUGUAGCUCGUUUGCAUGCUGUGUUGAGACCAUUCCUACUCAGACGUCUUAAAUCUGAAGUGGAAAAAAAAUUGAAACCCAAGAAGGAAGUUAAAGUGUAUGUGGGUUUGAGCAAAAUGCAGAGGGAUUGGUACACAAAGGUCUUAAUGAAGGAUAUUGAUAUUGUAAAUGGUGCUGGUAAAGUGGAAAAGAUGCGAUUGCAAAAUAUUCUCAUGCAGUUGCGUAAAUGUUGUAAUCACCCAUACUUGUUCGAUGGAGCUGAGCCUGGCCCACCUUACACUACUGAUGAGCAUUUAGUGUACAACUGUGGCAAACUGGUGAUUCUCGACAAGUUGCUGCCGAAACUGCGAGAACAAGGCUCGAGAGUAUUAAUCUUCUCACAAAUGACUAGAAUGCUGGAUAUCUUGGAGGAUUACUGCCUUUGGAGACAAUACAAGUAUUGCCGUCUGGAUGGCCAAACACCCCAUGAAGACAGGAAUCGUCAAAUAGAAGAAUAUAAUUCAGAGGGCAGUGAGAAGUUUGUAUUCAUGUUGUCUACACGCGCCGGAGGUUUGGGCAUUAAUCUGACGUCCGCCGACGUCGUCAUCAUUUACGACUCUGAUUGGAAUCCUCAGAUGGAUUUGCAGGCUAUGGACCGAGCACAUCGUAUUGGACAGAUGAAGCAGGUGCGAGUAUUUAGAAUGAUCACAGAAAAUACAGUCGAAGAAAAAAUAGUAGAGCGCGCGGAAGUGAAGCUGCGAUUGGACAAAUUGGUCAUCCAGUCAGGACGCCUCGUCGACACCAAGAACCAACUGAACAAAGAUGAAAUGCUCAACAUGAUCAGACACGGAGCUAACCACGUAUUUUCAUCCAAAGAUUCAGAAAUCACAGAUGAAGACAUUGACACUAUAUUGGCUAAGGGAGAAACCAAGACUGAAGAGUUGAAGCAAAAGUUGGAAAGCCUUGGUGAAUCGUCGUUAAGAGCCUUUUCGAUGGAUACCCCUGGAGCUACAACUGAUUCAGUAUAUCAGUUUGAAGGCGAGGAUUACAGGGAGAAGCAGAAGGUGAUGCCGCUGGGCAGUUGGAUCGAGCCGCCAAAACGUGAACGUAAAGCUAAUUAUGCGGUAGACGCGUACUUCCGAGAGGCAUUGCGCGUCUCCGAACCCAAGGCGCCCAAGGUACAGGCACCAAGACCACCCAAGCAGCCGAUUGUGCAAGAUUUCCAGUUCUUCCCGCCUCGAUUAUUUGAGCUGCUGGAUCAAGAAAUAUACCAUUACCGAAAAACAUUAGGGUACAAAGUGCCCCGUAAUCCGGAACUAGGUCCGGACGCUGCGAAGAUACAACGCGAGGAGCAGCGUAAGAUUGACGACGCUGAAGCUCUCACAGAGGAGGAGGUCCAAGAGAAAGAACAACUUCUCACUCAAGGGUUUACUAACUGGACAAAGCGCGAUUUCAACCAAUUCAUAAAGGCAAAUGAAAAAUAUGGUCGAGAUGAUAUUGAAAAUAUUGCAAAAGAUGUGGAAGGGAAGUCACCAGAGGAGGUCAUGGAGUACUCAGCAGUUUUCUGGGAGAGGUGUCACGAACUGCAAGAUAUCGACAGGAUCAUGGGCCAAAUUGAAAGGGGCGAAGCCAAAAUACAAAGACGAGCUUCUAUCAAGAAAGCACUAGAUGCUAAAAUGGCUCGAUACAGAGCACCAUUCCAUCAACUUAGAAUAUCUUAUGGUACCAAUAAGGGCAAAAAUUAUGUGGAGGAAGAAGACAGGUUCCUGGUAUGUAUGUUGCACAAGCUGGGUUUUGACAAGGAGAACGUAUACGAGGAACUUCGCGCCGCGGUGCACGCCGCGCCGCAGUUCCGGUUCGACUGGUUCCUCAAGUCGCGCACUGCAGUUGAACUGCAACGCAGAUGCAACACUUUGAUCACGUUGAUUGAGAGAGAAAAUCAGGAAUUAGAAGAAAAAGAGCGCGCAGAAAAGAAGAAGAAAAGCGGAAAUGCUAACCAAAAUACUCCUGGAGGGAAUACAACUGGUAAGGGUGCGAAUGCUGGCAAACGCAAGGCCGAAAAUACUCCCGACACUGCCCAAAAGCAGAAGAAAAAGAAGAAAUGAAAUCUGGUUAAAAGGGUUGUUCCUGUAAACAAAGUCAGAGGAACAAUCAGACGUUAGUGCAAAAACACUAGUGAUUAGCAGUGGUAGUGAGUGAAGGUAAUCUAUUCUAAAAUAGCAUUCAUGAGCUGGCCUUUAAUAUCCAUUUUACAGUAUUGAAAUCUCUUCUAUUUAUAUGUGUAUUUUGUGUGUUAGUGUUUUAAAAUUAUUGAAAUUUGAAACAAUACAAAUGUGGAAAAUAAAUAUUUUAUUCAAUAAUUUGCAUGAUUCCUCUGAUUUUGAGUGAGAUAUUUAUUUUAUAAAUCGUGAUAAUUGAUCAGACAAUUUCACUGGAUGCAGAGAUUAUUUGCAUAAUAGACAUAAAUUGUUAGCAGAUGAUUGAGUAAAAUAAGAUGUUUUAAGAAUUUUGCACGUCAUUUUAUAUUCCAAUAAAGUGACAUUUGAAUCUA